CUUUCUUUCCCCCGCCUCCACCGCAAAGCCCCCCCUCCCAAAACAAGCCAAGUCCCACAAAUCAGCACCCAGAAUCCAGGCCACGGCCAGGGGUAUACCCAGCAAGCAUAUAAUCAGCAAGCAUUUCAGCAAAAUGCUUCUGUCCCCCGGAUAGAGAGAAUACCAGGUGGAGCGCCCGCUCAGCAGGAUUUCCGAGGUGCAACUGCAACAAGCGAGGACAAUGUCGGAACCUUCAAUGGUGGCAGCUAUCGCGUCAGCCACCGUGAUGUCAACUCGAUUCUUACGGUGCAGUUAGCCAUGGGCGCACCACUCAUCGUCAAACCAGGCGUCAUGAUCUCGAUGUCAACCACCAUCACAUUGAAGGGAGAAUUCCAUUUCUCUUGGAAAAAGGUUAUUUCGUCAGGCAAAAUGAGCAUGUCCCACUACACCGGCCCUGGAGAGCUUAUCCUAGCCCCUUCGAGCCUUGGUGAUCUCAUGGUGCUUCCCAUGCGGGGAGAUAAAGAGUGGUUGUGUGGCAGAGAUGCUUUCUUAGCCCAUACCUCUGGUGUCAAGCAUGAUUACGUAUCCCAAAGUCUUUCCAAGGCCGUGUUCUCUGGCGAAGGUCUCUUCGUCUAUAAAUUGACCGGCACUGGGAUUAUGUGGCUGCAGAGUUUUGGUGCUAUCAUCAAGAAAGAUCUUGUCGACGGUGAGUCCUACUAUGUCGAUAAUGGUCACCUAGUGGCCUGGAACUGUAAAUAUACCCUGGAGCGUGUCGCAAGUGGCGGUAUCAUAUCAAACUUCGCAGGAGGUGAAGGGCUUGCGUGCCGAUGUGAAGGGCCAGGCACAGUGUACUUGCAGACGAGAAACCUGAAUGCAUUCGCCAUGCACAUGAAGGUCAGCACCGCAAGUGGCUGA